AAGUGAAAGUUUCACAUGCUCCUAAGCUCCUCCCCCGGUGGCGAGCCAGGGAGAAGUGAUGGCUGGCCAGGUGGCGCGGCUGGUGCUGCUAGCUGGGGCAGCCGCACUAGCGAGCGGCUCCCAGGGCGACCGUGAGCCGGUGUACCGCGACUGCGUACUCCAUUGUGAAGAGCGGAACUGCUCGGGGGGCGCUCUGAAGCACUUCCGCUCCCGCCAGCCAAUCUACAUGAGUCUAGCAGGCUGGACCUGUCAGGAUGACUGUAAGUAUGAGUGCAUGUGGGUCACAGUUGGCGUCUACCUCCAAGAAGGUCACAAAGUGCCUCAGUUCCAUGGCAAGUGGCCCUUCUCCCGAUUCCUGUUCUUUCAAGAGCCAGCUUCUGCUGUCGCCUCUUUUCUCAAUGGUCUGGCUAGUCUUGUGAUGCUCUGCCGCUACCGUACCUCCGUGCCAGCCUCCUCCCCCAUGUACCACACCUGCGUGGCCUUCGCCUGGGUGUCCCUCAAUGCUUGGUUUUGGUCCACAGUCUUCCACACCAGGGACACAGACCUCACAGAGAAAAUGGACUACUUCUGUGCCUCCACUGUCAUCCUACACUCAAUCUAUCUCUGCUGUGUCAGGACCGUGGGGCUGCAGCACCCAACCUUGGCCAGUGCCUUCCGGGUUUUCCUGCUGCUGCUGCUGACCACUCACAUCUCCUACCUGAGCUUCAUCCACUUCGACUAUGGCUACAACCUGGCGGCCAACGUGGCUAUUGGCCUGGUGAACGUGAUGUGGUGGCUGGCUUGGUGCCUGUGGAACCAGCGACGGCUGCCUCACGUGCGUAAGUGCAUGGUAGUGGUCUUGCUGCUGCAGGGACUGUCCCUGCUUGAACUAUUCGAUUUCCCGCCUCUCUUCUGGAUCCUGGAUGCCCACGCCAUCUGGCACAUCAGCACCAUCCCUGUCCACGUCCUCUUUUUCAGCUUUCUGAAAGAUGACAGCUUGUACCUGCUGAAGGAAUCAGAGGCCAAGUUCAAGCUGGACUGAAGACCCUGGGAGCAGGAUUCUGCCGCCUCCCUGCUGGCUCCCAUUCUCCCCUCAAUCCGCAAGAUGAUUUCUUUUCUCCUUUUACCUUCUUGAACUUGGACAUGAGGGAUGUGGGCCCGGAAUCAUGUCACUAGCCCACCCCCUUGCUAGUCCUCACAGAUCUUGGAGCCUGUUCUGGGGGUGGUUUCCCAGUAUCUGGGGCUAAAGAAUGGGCAGCCCCCCUGGGUUCUGAGCUGAAGUGGAUGGAACUGAGUGUGUCCUUAGCUGAGAAGAGCUCAGAGAAGAGCUGCCUGUUUCCUCCCCAGCAGGCUCCUGCCCAGAUCCCCUGCUGCCUAGCUGGGUCUCAGUGCUGGGAGCCCAGGUACUUCCCGCCUUUGGGGACACAGUGAGAUCCCCUUCUGUAACCCUUGCCCUCCUCCAGGGCACCACUAGAUGGCACUGGAUGCUUACUCUCUGGUUAGCCAAAUUUCAAGGCCAAUCUCAUUCUUCCCAUGGGAUUGUGAGGGACCAAGCUGCUGGGAGUGGGGAGGGGUUUCUCCCUGACAGUUGUCUCAGCCAAACUCCCAGGAGGCCUCAUCACAUUCCUCUUCAGGGCCUGGACCCCUGUGUGCCCAGGACAAGAGUCCUGUGCUGCUGUCCUGGUUGGGAGCCUGCACAUGAGUGUGUCCAGGAUGUUGGCCAGACCAAGUGCAUAGCUGAGUUGGGCACGAGCAUGGGCUUGGGUGUGUGAGUGCCUGGACCAGGGCAUGCAGUGUGGGGGCAGGGGGACAAAGUGUGUGUGUUCAGGCUCAGGUGUGUUAGCACAGGUUAGGGGAAUAUGCAUGUGAGUGUGCUUGUAUCUGAGAUGCAUGGGAUACACACAUGCCAGUAAGAGGAGACUGGAGCAGGGUGGGGGAAUCAUGUCACCAGCAACAAUUGAUUAUUGACAGGCAACGCUGCCUGAGGCUCCACUCAGGCAGCCAGCCAGGAUAUCCCCAUGGCUGCCUGGGUGUGGAUGUGUUCCUGCCCCAUGCCCCUUUGUCAUCGCCCUCCAAACUUCACAGGGCCCCCACAAAGCUUAAGACAGCAGUUCUCAACCUGUGGGAUAUGACCCAUGGGAACUAUAUUAAAAGGCUGCGGCCUUAGGAGGUUGAGAACCAUGGCUUAAGAGCACCCUUCAGAACCAGGGACAGAGGUAAAUGGGGAUCCUAGGGCCUCUUUUCAGCCUCUUUGCCUUGGCAUAUUUGGACUCCCCCUGCACCUCCUUUCCCUGCUGCCAGCCCCUUGCCACAGCCUGGACCUUGGGAAGAAAGGGGAGAAAGCUUAUGACUGGGUCUGGUUUCUGCUCUUGCCAGAGAGGCUCACUGUUCUAGGGGAGCCCCAGGGCAGGCAGGAGCCACACUGUGCUUGCAUCCCAGUAAAGGUAACCCCCUACCAGUUGCCAGCAGCUCUGGCACAGUCCAGCCAUAUAAGAGUAGAAUGUGGAGCUCCUGAAUGUUCCAUCCCCAAAGCAGUCUCUAUAAUUAGAGUAGGGAGACUGGAUUUUGCUUUGUUCUUUCCCCUUGUCCCUCGUUGACUCUGCUAAGACUCCAGCCUCAGGUACUUGGGUGGCCUAUGUUAGAAUCUUUUGAUACUGAAAACUAUUUUAAAGUAGGAGGGUAGCAAGGGACAUGCUUAAUAAACCAAUUCUCAAUCUCA